GCAGCACAGCACUGCAGUGAAGUACGUCCCAUCAACCUACAGCACACACCCUAUCCCCUAUCCUCUCUCUGCCCCCACCAUCAGCAUCAACGGAACAGUGCUACCGCGUUGUCACAAUUUAAAGCAGAACAGAAGUAAAGGAUCGACUUUAUUUUUUGAUUCGAAGGAGCUCUCCCUCAGUAGGUUGCCCUUGCUGCCACCUUCUACAACAAAAUGGGCAUUGAAAGCCAAGACCCCCUCCCUCCACCUGGAAACCUGUCCUCUGGUCAGGUGGGCUCUUUCCAGAAGAUGGAGCCUAAAACUUUGGGGGCUAUCCAGAUCAUCAUUGGGUGCUUGACACUCUGUCUGAGCGCCUCUGUUCUUCAGCUCCAUGAAGUCCACUUCACUGGUGAUAUUAUGGUUUUCAUGGUGGUUGUUGUGCAGGUCCUCUUGUCAGGAUCAGUCCUUGUCCAUGCUGGAAGAAAGCCCUCUCUCCUCUGGGUCAAAUGUCUCCUGGUGCUGCACUUGAUCAGCGCUGCUUUUGCCACUGCUGCCCUGGGCCUCAUGUCCAAACACCUGCCUUACCGUCAGGACUCCUACCACUGCGAACACUGUCGGAAAUUGGAGCUGCAUGCUGUGCAAUUUUGUUUCAGAAGAUGCACUGAGCUGGUUGAGAAACAGUGUAAACUCCUGAUUGAUGGCAUCCUGGGCACACUGGUGAUCUUCUUGGUCCUUGAGCUGCUUAUCUGCAUCACCGUCAUGCUGUUUGGGCUCAGUGUGCUGGCCAACGGUGGAUCACAGGCGUCUGGUGGUCAGCGUCCGGUGUAUCCCCAGACUAGGCCUCCGGCUGCCCCUACCGUCCAGGUGGUGCAGGCCUCCCCAACUGUGGAGGCUCCUGGACCUCAGGUGGCUGUUGUUGUCACCGAGCCAGAGUCUGAUCAGCUUGAUGAGACGCCCACCCCUCCUACUGAACCCCAGGUGGAGCCCAUUGAGAUCGAGGUGGAGGUGGCUUAGCGGCGAGCCCCCUGCUCUCCACGCAAACAUCUCAGGGGGAUCUGAGGGUGGGCAACAACAGAGGUAGACCUGAACCAAAGUAGUGUUUGUUUUAACAUGUCUGAUUCACUUAUAAAUUCACAGUGGAAGCCUUGUAAUAUCAGCAGUACUGUUUUUGGUGCAUCUGGGAAACGUAAUCAAGUACCAGCAAAGAUUGGAAGGACAACAAAUGCUGUUAUGAUCCAGGUCUGAGGAAAAGAGGGGAGCCCCUAUCAGGGGCUUUGACAUGCUAGGGGCCAAUAGUAUUGUAUGGGCAAUACAUUAGUGUAGUCGGAUUUGGCAGAGAAUGUGAUAGAUGCCAUGAUGCUGUUCAAUCCUUUAUUAUGGCACUUAAACCAUUUUUUCCUCAACAAGUAUUUAACUGAAAAAAAUGGAGGCAAGUUUAUUACUCUUAGUAUUACUAUGUUGUUGGAGGAUUAAAAUUAAAGAAGAUGUUUGUCAGAUAUGAAAUGGAUGCACCAUUGUAUAAUCUAGAAAUAGAUAAUACUCAAAGUUAAAGAUGUAGUUUAAUCCCAUCCACUGCAUGUACUGGGGGGUUUCCCUGAAGGUUUAAGCAGGUGAUAAUGUAGACUAAGUAUGUACUGUAUCAUGUGUAGGCUACUAUGCUCCUUCUUUUGCAAUCACACGUUUUCACUGAUGCAAGUAAUCCAAGUCUUUAUUACUAGCAAUGUAAAAACACUAUGGUCUCCACAAGAUCUUAGAUUGCUUUUCACUGCUCUUUAAUUCUUUGAAUGUCAUUUUGAGUACCAACACAUACAUGUAUUUGAAGUGAACGUCAUCAACACUGAUCACUUACCAAGACCAACAAUGGACCAAUCACA